AUGCCCGAGCAUGGGACUCCUUACGUCAAUUCUUGGGAUGAGUACGUUUCCAGGUACAGUACCUGCUCGUAUGAAUGCUUCUUCAUUUCGCACCACAAGCAGGUCCACUUUGGCUACUACACCAAAAGCUGUGAGCUGGCCUACUUAACGGAAUCCAGGUUGGUUUGCUGUGAAGGAUACUUCGACUACGGUGGAGACUGCUACCCAGUGUGUAAGAGUGGAUGCCCGAAUGGGCGCUGUACCGGACCGGAUCAGUGUACUUGCAACGAGGGAUACGUCAACGUGUUGAACGAGUGUAAACCAAAGUGUUCAAGCUGCGAGAACGGACGCUGUGUUGCACCGAAUGAGUGUGUCUGCGACGAGGGAUUCCGGAAAGACUCCAACGCGGCUUGUGUUCCAAGCUGUAAAGAUGCUUGCAUCGGGGGACUGUGCGACAGGGAUGGACACUGUGCCUGCUCAAAGGAACAAUUCUUCAAUCCGAAACUGUUGGAAUUUGGUGUCCGCAAUGGAACAGUUUGCACAGGAAGGUGCGACAAGCCUUGUCAGAAUGGAUACUGCGUGGGAAGAAAUCGCUGUCAAUGUCUCAACGGAUAUCAACCAUCUAAAGUUGAUUCUUUCGCCUGUACUCCCGUGUGUGAUCCGAGCUAUGUCGAUUGCACUGGAGGAGUCUGUGUGGCACCAAAUACCUGCAUUUGCAAAACUGGCUACACAUUGAUUUCGGGCAAGUGUGUUCCCAUUUGUGACCCGGAGUGCAUCAAUGGAAAUUGCGUGAGUCCGGGACAGUGUUCUUGCUUGAGCGGGUAUCACAAGAUUCAAGAAUCUGACUUCGAAUGCAUCCCAACUUGUGAUCCACCCUGUAGCAACGGAAAAUGCGUUAGUCCGAAUACCUGUGAAUGCUUCCAUGGAUUUGCGGGUUCACUGGAAGUUGCGAACCGGUGUGAAGCAACAUGUGAUUCAAGCUACGCUAAUUGUGACAACGGGACUUGCGUAGCUCCAAAUUACUCUGUGUUCGACCGAAUCAGUGCGAAUGCUGGGAAGGACACCAACGCGUGGACGACAACGCCUGCCGCCCAGUUUAUGUAUGCAGUUGCCUGGAAGGACUCCACCGUUUGUACGGCAUUCUGCAACGACGGGUACGAACUGGUGGACAAUGGAACGUUCAACAAAACCUCGGUAUGCGAACCGAUCUGUGAUAACUGCUCAGACGGAGUUUGUAUAGCUCCCGAUGAAUGCGAGUGCAACGAAGGCUUUAAAUUGAGCGAUACAGAAGACGCGCAACGUUGUACCCCUGUGGGAGCUGUGCAGAGUAGCUACUUCCGCCAUCCGCGAACCACUUUGUGCAUCUUUGCACCCGUCUAA